GUGGACGGAAAUGUGAACGAAAUACGAGGAUAAUCACCGUGCGUUCUGUUCCGGCGAACGCGGUAGCCUCCCAACGCGUGGUCACGCAUGGUGAUUAUCGCCGUAUCUAGACCGAAAUUUGGCCACGCAUGGUGAUUAUCGCCGCAUCUAGAGCGAACUUUGGCCCAAGUACAGGGAUAAUGACCGAGCGUUCUAUUCGGGUGAAUGAAGACGGUAGCGUGGUCACGCAUGGUGAUUAUCGCCGUAUCUAGACCGAAGUGUGGCCCAAGUACAGGGAUAAUGACCGAGCGUUCUAUUCGGGUGACUGAAGGCGCUAGUAUUGCCGCUGUCUAGCCGUCGAUCUGGCUAAUCUACGGUAUGGAAGUAGCCAGUCGUAGGGUUGGCGGAGUGGUGGGGACCACUCCCCUCCCAGCCAAUUAGGGGAGACUAAGAAGGUGGUGCCACCUGGGCCACAUUCUCCUCGGUUUGCUGGCCAACGCUUUCCUCUCCCUUCUCUAUCUCCUGUGUCGUAGCUGAGCGGCCCUCUGUCCCUCUGCUCUCUUCCCCUCCCCCCUUCUUACUCUCUCCCUCUCCCUCUCCCUCUCUCUCUCUCUGUCUCCCCUCUCUGUGUCCCCCUCCCUGCCGCCGACGUCUCCCUCCGCCUUGCUGUUUGGGUCUCUUGCCCCCGCCCCGCCUUCCCCAAGCUUGUGGGAAGGAUUACGGAAGGCGGAGAGCGCGAGAAACAGACAGCAGGGGCGGCAGGUGAGGAGGAGAGGAGGUGAGCGCGGAGGGGGAAACCUGCGGAGCAGCGUUGCGCCGGAGGCCGUGUGGCUGUGCGCGCGCGCGAGCGAGGAGAGCGCGGUAAAGGGGAAAGGGCAGCAACGAGGUAGCCAUGGCGUCGACAGCUUGCGCGUGCGCUUCCACUGCUGCAGCGACGGCGACGGUAGCCGCUUCCGCCGGCGCCGCCGCUGUCCAGACUCCGCCUGCCCGUGCUCUCGCCUCCGCUUCCCCCAGACUGUCCUUCUCCUCCCCCUCUCUCUCUCGCCAGGCGAAAGCGCCCUUCAAAAGAAUAGCCGGACCCCUUAGGACUGCCCGCUCCUUGAGGCCGAAGGCAAUUGCAGACGAGACGACCACCAGCACCACCACCUCGACCACAUCCGAAGAUGGAUCUUCAGGGAACGAACAACUUGAGGUUCUCAUCAAGGACCUCCAGGAGAAGUGGGAUGCAGUAGAGAAUAAGCAAGGUGUUGCUCUUUACGGUGGCGGUGCCUUGGUGGCAUUGUGGCUUUCUUCGACGAUCGUCUCAGCUCUGAAUAGUCUGCCGCUGCUUCCCAAGGUGUUGGAGCUCGUUGGGUUAGGGUACACCUCUUGGUUUGUCUACCGCUACCUCCUCUUCAAGCAAAGCCGCGAGGAGUUGUCUGAGCUCAUUGACGAGCUCAAGGCGAAGAUCACUGGGACCAGCACAGAUGCUUAGGCUGAGCUCCUGCGUAUGUUUGGGAGAGAGUGGGGUUACGUCCAUCUGUUGAUUCCAAAUACAUGUGAAAUAUGACUUCCGAAAUUUAUUUAUUUCCAUGAAGAGCAUGAAUGAUUGCAGAAACAGAUAACCAAAAGCCGUGUCACGCUGAAGAUCAUUCAUCAUCCCUGGCCACACAAUUUCCUCUUCUCUCUCUCUCUCUCUCUCUCUCUCUCUCUCUCUCUCUCUCUCUCUCUCUCUCUCUCUCUCUCUCUCUCUCUCUCUCUCUCUCUCUNCUCUCUCUCUCUCUCUCUCUCUCUCUCUCUCUCUCUCUCUCUCUCUCUCUCUCUCUCUCUCUCUCUCUCUCUCUCUCUCUCUCUCUCCUCCUGAUACGUUGGGGAAACUCCGACGAAAAACAGUCUGUCUGUCACAGCCCCUCGUUUGCUGUCCUCUUCUCCCUUCUCCCUUCUCCCUCUCUGCCGACGAUUCACGGGGCAGUUCUCUAAGUACUAAAAUGAAUGGUUUCUUUUAGC